UUUCUGGACUCUUUCCGCUAUUGUUUUGGCUGUGUAUUUGGAGGUAUACCCCGCAUUUGACUGUCUUGGCUUUCAAUUUCCAGAAAUGGGUUAGCAACAUCGGAUCAAUGACUGGUAAGAAUGAUUGCAUCCAUAGUCACACAGCCGGCUGUACCACUUCGUACUAGGCGAGCAACGAGAGCAACGGGGCAUCCUGCUAUUUUCCCCGGCCGAAGGAGAGCCUUGCCCAAACCGUGCCUAGUGGGGCGCCCGGUACGCCCGGACCAAUCACCCCCGCCAAUUCCCCGGCUCCAUGAACAACGGCAAGUGUUUCCGUCCGGCAGUGGGCAACUCCACCCGUGUUGUUUCUGCUCCAUCAUCUUCUUUCUCCGCUCAAGUGCAUCAGGAGUCCAGAGGACCGUCUACACCUCCAGUUAUGUGCGCAACUUAGGAGGAGCAACAUCGAUCCAGUUCAAAUAAGGAAAAUUUCCCCUUCAGCAUGAAUGAUCUGCAGGCGAUGGAACUCCGGCGGAUGGGAUUUAUAAAGCCUUCAAAUCUCCCUAGCAAGAUCCAUUCCCAUUCAUA